UCCGUCUCCAUGACGACAGUAAACAGGUCUGUCAGUGUGACUUACACACUGGUGAAACAUUAGCCGGACAGAGAGAAAGAAACCACACACACACAUGCACACACACUCUCUCUCUCUCACACACACUGGUCAGGACAGAUGGCGGAUUCACAGCGAACAUCUGAACCCAUCAACUUUGUGCAUCAAGAUGAAAUCUGGAAAGCACAUGUAAAAGUUGAGAAGGAUUCGACUAAAGUCUGGCCCAACAAGUGGGGCUUCCUGACUGAGGCCUACAAGGAGUACGAGAGGGAGAGUGUGAAGCUGAUGGAGGCGGUCAGAGUGGAGCUUCCCCAUCACCUGGCAGCACGACCUCCGACCCCUCCAGAUAAAUAUAUCCACGUGGGCCCUUCUCCUCCAGUUCCUCGGACAACUCAGGCCCUGAUUGGUUGGCGUUCAGGUCACUCACAUCUUCAGCUGGAAAAGUAUGGCACGGUGCAUCAUGGGAGGCGUAGUUUACUGAAGGAGCUGGGCUGGCCUCUCAACGCUUGCAGCUGACUAGAAGCCACCAUUCUGUAUUGUCUUGGCUAAUCACUGACUCAGUACUGGACGUGGAGGAAAAACAGAGGGCUUAUGACCAUGUAGAUUAUUGAAGUGAGCAUUAAGGAUGUACCAUUAAAUAAAAACAUACAUGAAAUCAACCAUGAAA